GCGCAGGCGAACCUCCAAAAUCGAGACUUCUUCUCCAACAUCGCAACAUCACCGCCUGGCCAUCACCUCCUCACCACCCGCGACAAUGGCCUCCCUCCGCACUCCUCUCCUUCGCCACCUGGCAUCAUGCCCCCUCCGCGCGCCUCGCAUUCUCCAACAGCGCCGCUGGGCCCAAGUCCACGACGUGCGCUUCCUCACGACACAAUCCCCCCAAGCCAUCCUCGAGAAAUACCAAUCCAAGCUCGCCGCCAAAGCCAAGAGCGAAGGCCACACCAACAUUGACGAGCUCAAGACCGCCUAUGCCGACAAGAUUGCGGAGCAGCGCAAAAAGGAUGCCAUUGACGAGGCCCUCAAGAUCCCCGAAUUCACAAACCCCUCGCCGCCGCCGGCCCCCGAAUCCACUACCAAAACCGCAGCGCCGCGCCAGCCCCAACCAGUGCCCCGCGUAGGCGACAAGAAGGCAAUUAAAAGUCUUGACGACAUCAUCGAUCUCGACAAGGUCCGCACGCUGCCCGAGAAGGAACUCACAGCCAUCUGGCGCCUGCGCCACGCCAACUCGCCCCAGAAUCUGUGCGCCGUGAUCCCCGCGUCGACGUACCAGGCCAUGGAGGAUAUUGCGCGGCGCGCACCGCAGUUCGUGCUCCCCGUGCCGCAUGAGACGCAGGGCGCUGAGAUUCACUUCCUCCAGUGGACGUUUGACCGCGCGUCCAAGACGUCCACGGUGCUCUUUACGCAGUUGGCAGAGUACAAGUCCAAGGGCGAGUUUGCGACGCCGCAUACUACCGUUACACAUCACUUGGAUCUUGCGGAUGAGAAGGGCCUUGUGCUCAUGCAGGGACAGGUUAUGGACGAUAGAGGCGUCAAGGCAGAGCAUGCCAAGUGGUUGUUGAUGUGUCUGCAGCGCUUCUAUGGCGGCUGGGACGACGGUAUGCCCCUGGAGGGCGAGCGAAAGGUUAGAGCAGAUGCACGAUUAGAAUUGCUUGAUUGGUUUGCCAAGGGCGAUGAGAGAUUUAGCGUGGAUAAGUUGAUGGAAGAGGCGGAGCGCAUGGGGUAGAAAAGGGUGCAUUUGUAUAAAAGGGUGGAAUGCAUUGUAACAUUAGACUUGUAUAAAAACGGCUGGGUAUACCCGAUAACUAAAAGCCACCAUAAAUUAUCAUUACAUUUAUUUAGAAGACAUGGAUUC